UGGCAUGCAAAGAUGGUUCCUGCCAAGGAGUCUGUGAUCAGGAUGUCUUCCAGUUACAUUUCCACUCUGCUUUACUUUAUCUACGUGACAGCGUGUAUCGGUGAGAGCUCCCCAGAAACCAAGAAAGAUGAGAAAUUAUAUCCAGAGAAUUUUACCCGAAUACUGGACAGACUCCUGGACGGUUAUGACAACCGAUUGCGACCUGGAUUCGGCGGUACUGUGACUGAAGUGAAAACAGAUAUCUACGUAACGAGUUUUGGGCCAGUGUCUGACGUUGAGAUGGAGUACACAAUGGAUGUGUUUUUCCGCCAAACCUGGGUGGACAAGAGACUGAAGUACGACGGCCCGAUUGAAAUUCUUCGUCUCAAUAACAUGAUGGUCACUAAAGUCUGGACACCCGACACGUUCUUCAGGAACGGGAAAAAAUCAAUUUCCCAUAAUAUGACCGCUCCAAAUAAGCUAUUCAGAAUAAUGCAGAAUGGCACAAUUCUGUACACCAUGAGACUUACCAUUAGUGCAGAGUGUCCAAUGAAACUGGUUGAUUUUCCAAUGGAUGGCCAUGCUUGUCCCCUUAAGUUUGGAAGCUAUGCAUAUCCUAAAAGUGAAAUAAUAUACACAUGGACAAAAGGUCCUGAACGAUCAGUGGAGGUGCCUAAAGAGUCUUCUAGCUUGGUGCAAUAUGACCUUGUUGGACAAACAGUUUCUAGUGGCACAGUUAAAUCCAUCACAGGAGAAUAUGUGGUGAUGACAGUCUAUUUUCACUUGAGAAGGAAAAUGGGCUAUUUUAUGAUUCAGACUUACAUACCCUGUAUUAUGACGGUUAUUCUCUCUCAAGUGUCAUUUUGGAUUAACAAGGAAUCGGUUCCAGCUCGAACAGUUUUUGGUAUAACAACAGUUCUAACCAUGACAACACUGAGCAUCAGUGCUAGACACUCUCUGCCAAAGGUCUCCUACGCUACAGCUAUGGACUGGUUCAUUGCAGUUUGCUUUGCAUUUGUGUUCUCUGCUCUGAUCGAAUUUGCUGCUGUUAACUACUUCACAAAUAUACAAGCCGAAAAAGCCAAAAAAAGGGCUGCCAAGCCGCCUGCUACAUCUCCACUGACUCCAAUAAAAACAGUGUCUGCCUCAGAGGUUGUGAUUCAGCAGCAACACCCUGAUUCAAAUGGCAAUUUGAGGAAGAGAAUGAACUUCUUGGUGCAAUCAGAUAUUCUGGCCAGUGAAAAAGAUCACUUGGAGAAUGAUAGCAAGAGUGAGAUAACAAGACCAUCUAUAAUUGGCCAGGUACCUCCCUCAACUAUUGCUUCACCUUCUUCUGUGCCAACACCCAGGAAAUUUGGGCACGCACAUGCAUCCCCUACAAUGCCAUUGAUGAGAAGCACACCACCACCCCCUCCUUGCACUCCAACAAUAGCCUCAUUGAGGCCCACUCCAGUUCAUCGCCAAUGUGGAGCAACACUAGAGCAGAACCUGCUACCAUCUAGACUAUUUGGACAAACCUCAAAGCAUUCUUCACCCACCACCACUUCAUCUGCUCCAGUCCUUCCUCCAGCUUCACCUGCUAAUAGUGGAACAAGCAAAAUUGACAAAUAUGCUCGCAUACUUUUUCCGGUUACGUUUGGUGCAUUUAACAUGGUCUACUGGGUAGUCUACCUCUCAAAAGACACCAUGGAGAAAACAGAAGGUGAAAUGUAA